CAUCGACCAAAUGCAAAUCAGACACUAAAACAAACUGAAAACAUCCAAAUCCCAUGGAAAACGUUUACAAUUAGCAAUUAUUAAUUCGCAAGUGAUACUCCAUUCAGUGCAAUUCCAUGUAGAAAAGCUCGUAUGAAAAAGUGAGAAAAGUACAUAAUUAAUGGAAAAGAGGCGAAAAUGUAACAGCACGUCUUACUUGUCAUCACGACAAAAUCUAGGUGCUACUGAUAUGGAUUGCAAACCGAGCACAUCUGCAGCAGCCGGAAAGACAAUGGACACUUUCUCCAGCCAAUUGACACCAUACACUCAGCGCUUUGACGACUUGGAACUAAUUUUAUGUCCUCAAUCAUGUUCCUCAUGGACGGAAUCUUUUUUGAUUGGAAUUUUUCAAAAACUAUCUCGUGCAUAUGGAGAUGAUGACGUUUUGGACGUUUCGCAUUUUCAGAAACUGUACAAAUUAUCGGAUUCUGACAUAAGUGAAUUGGUCCAGAGUGCCGAUAAUUUCCUGACCACUAAUAACGGCUCAUCAUUUCCUACUGUAAUUAGUAAAAUUUGUGGAACUACUCCUCCAAUCAGAAUCUACAUCAAAACCGUGACUGAGGAAGGAUUCCACAUCCCGAAGGAAGUCGACAACCCAGGCGCCACGAUUUUGACCAAGAUAACCAUCCUAGAUAAAACUAUCUAUCGCCUCCUAAUCCACAAAAGGGAAACUUUCUCUAGCGAACAAUCUUACGUGGACGAUCUUCUCACAAGGCUGGAAAACAAAGGAUUAGAAAUCCAGAGCUAUUAUGAAAAUCAUGUCAGCCAUCUCACCGUUUCCGAGCUUAAAGAAUUCCAGUCUAAAAUGUGGCACAAGUUGGAACAAGAUUCGAACAACGAACCAAUUACCACCGUGAUUAUGAACUUAAUUAUCUCCCUUGACAAUCAAGCGCUUCAAGAGUCAAUAAAGAUGCUCAAAAUCCUGUCCCAAUACGAAAGCCAAGGUGACUUUCGUGACCUUGUAGCAGCUCGAGUAUCAGAACAUUUCUCAGGAAUAAUUUCCAAGGCUGUGAUGGACAGAAGCAUUCUACUACUGCAUAAUUUAGCCAAAGAGAAGCAUAACCUGGCCGAGCUGAGGGAAUUUUGUUGCACAGAAAUUGAUCGGCUUGAAAACCAAGGCGGUCAAGAAGAUCAAUUACUCUGGCAGCGCUUAACAUUGAAACUGAUUGACUUUAAGCCAAGACUGAAACACGUCAUCUACCAAGAUAAGACACGUGAUAAGAUUUUAUCCAUCUGUGAUAAGCUACGUCAUCGAGACACAAUUCAAACAGGAGUUGACCAACUUCUCGUGAUAUCGGAAAUUAGAGACUCUCAACUUUCUACAAGCUUAAAGGAUUCACUUUCAGAGCAUGAUUUGUACACUAUUAUUGAAAUACUUGAAACCCAAGCCAACCGAUUAGUAAUUAACAGCCACCCAGAAUCAGGCAUCCUAAAAAUUACCGCGACAUGGUUAUCGCUCUGCAACGUGGUGACCAUUGUCAACAAUUAUUUGCAAAAUAGUUCCAACCCAAAGCUGCACCGGGUUGAGGUAUACGUGACAAAGGAGACGCAUUUUAACGUAGAUUUACCCAAGAAAGUUUUCAAUGGGGUCAAUCUGAUUAUUUGCACGAAUACUUUGUCCCUCAUCGGAAAUCAAAUUACAAUCGACACUUCCGGAAAGGAUGGGCUUGUUCCGACACAGGAAUUUCAAAAACUUCGACCCGGAAGGGAUGGAAGUCCUGGAGCCGACGGAAAUCCGGGAGAUAAUGCAGGCAGCGUUUUCAUUCAGUGCGAAAGUGCUGAAGCUGAAGUUGACUUUGUACUCUACAUCCAUGCAAAAGGUGGGAAUGGCUCUGACGGUCUUCAUGGUCAAGAUGGUAUGCCUGGUACGAAGGGUAAAAAUGGUGUCGACGGAAAUCCCAGCACCGCAAAAGCUCCCGAAUGGAGGGAAGUGGAAUCCGGGACGCCUGGUGAGAGGGGAAUGAAGGGAGGAGAUGGCGGCGAUGGGGGCCUCGCAGGCGCAGGUGGAAAAGGUGGCGAGAUUACUUUGAAAGGACUUGACAAUAUCAGAGUGAUAUGUGACAGCAAAGAUGAGAAAAAUGGUAAAGAUGGCAUUCCAGGAGAAGCUGGUCGUGGUGGUGCUGGCGGUGACGGCGGCGCUGUAGAUGGUGCUGAAGCUUGGCACUUUCUCAAGGCACCAGAACCAACUAUGGCCAUAUUUCGAUUUGGUGUAGGCCGAAAGCCUAUCCUACAAUUAGGAGAGUUAAGAUUGUUCAAAGUUUUUAACGUUGUCUCAAAAGUGGCAAGAAUAUUCGGCACCAGUGACGGGCGACUGCUUGGAUAUGACGUCGAAGUGAAACGGUCCCUUCAGGAAAUAAAAGCAUAUCAACACGGUCCUGGUGACAAAGGGAAGGAUGGAAGAAAAAUAAAGCAGAAAGUUCAACAAUCUGAAAAUAUCGAUAAAAAAGUCAACUUGAAUCUAGUGAACGAAACAUGGACUGCAAUUUUAAAGUCAGAAAAGCAAGGCGAAACUUUGGAUAGAGAAGCCUUGCAUAAAACCAUUCACCAGUCAAGAAGUCAACGCGGAGUGCUGAAAACUAUGCAGAAAAAAAUCAAAUUUGCAAACAAUUAUGUGGGCGAGUAUUUCAAUCGUGCAAAAUCUGCAGUCUGCACCUCUCGAGUCGCUAAUUUUUUUGGUGCACAAACUCCUGAGCAUAAUCAACUUGCUCAAAUCCUUCCAUCAUCAAUCUUGCAUCGCGACAAUGACAGUGAUCAAAUCUUGACAGAGUUUUGGAAUCUGUUGACAAUCAAUCAAGAUGAGACCAAGCUUAUCAGCAUGCGAUCCUUAUUACCACACUGGUGCGAAACUCUGUCAUACUUGUCCACCAAUCAGGAUAAGCAUCCCUCUGAAUUCAAUCAAAUCAAGAACUACCUGCUACGUCCACUACUAAAAAAACUAGCUUCAAAAUCAGACGAUGUAAACUCCAAACCUGAUGAAGCAUAUCAAAUCCACUACGUCACGAGUGGACGACUCUGUGAAAACGUCAAAUUUCUCUUACAUCACAAACCAAAGACGUUAAAGCUUGUCGAAUUAUUGGGUGAAAAUAUAAACAAAAUCGUAGGUCGCUUUUCUAACAUUCCACAUCUCUUCUCACUCCUUACACUGUGUGAUAAGCCAUGCAAUUUGGAUAUUCCGAUCGACUCGGAAGACUCACUUCUUCACGAAUUGACCGAAUUGACUUGGGACAAAAAAUUAUUUUUCCAAGUAUUCAACAAACUUUUUACAACUUUUCGGAACGAUGUGUCCAGCACGGUGAUCGGAUGUCAGAAAAUGAUCAAUAGCCUAAACAAUAACGAUAUCAACCUCACCCGCAAGGAAUUUUACCUUUUAACUAGACUAGAUAAAGGCGUUGAAACUAACUUAACUCUCGAUAAGAAAACUUUCCUUGUCGUCAUGGCAGCUAAGUGCGUCGAUCUGGAACUCAAAUAUACAUCCGGAACAACUGCGGAAAAUGAAAUGAAAGCAUUUUAUUUUCCUAAGAAUAAUAGUGGAAAUGUUUACAUAGGCGCAGGCGUUGAAGCAAAUCGUCUCAAUUUCAUACUUCCCUUCGUAACCUGUUCAACUGAAGAAUUGCAGGCGGUCAAAGAUUGGGCGAUUUCCAACCAGGAAUUAUUAUCAACAAAGUCAUGUUCAAGCUUGAUAGCUACGACAGACACAAUGUACACCGCACAAACUACUCAAGCUUUCAUUACGACAAUGCAUGAAUUCAACAUGGAUCCGGUAUUUAUUUCUAAAAUUGUACAACUUGAUGAAAAUCCUCUCAUCCAAUUGAAUUAUAUCCAAAAGAAAGAAAUCUACAACGACUUGAUUUCACAGUUUACCACGACAAAUUAUGACUUUUACGCCAUCACAUUUUCAAAAAUACUUGCACAAAUCGGAAGUGAGGCAGACGAGUGGGAACAUAUUACUAGCGAGGAGGAACACAUUUCAGAACCAGUACCAAUUAUAAACCCUAUGAAAUUAUCAUUUGCACUUAUGCAAUGCAAGACUUCGCUUCAAUCUGACCCACAUUUUGCUCACAAUUUUUUAGAAACCUCACAAAAGUACGCCACCAUUAUCAAGGAUCUAUUUGCCUCUCUCGAAACUUACGUUGUGAAUGGUCAAAUCAGCCUUAUUCACCUCAGCUCAUGCUACAACGAAAUCAUUAUGGACUAUGUUACGAAAGUGAAAACCAACAAGCUCCAAGAUCUCGACAAAUUCCAAGAAAAAUUGAGUCUCGGGAUUGAUUGGUUUGCAAGCUCGGAAAUUAUGAUGAUUGGACAGCCCCCAAUUUCAACCCUUCUCCCAUCUCAUCUACACGACGAGGCAAUUCUACGUCAAAGAAUUAUUGAAUACUUCAAAUUUCACCUGUUUGCCCUAACACCAACUUUUUUGGAGGAUACGCUCACAAUUUUCAAAGUUCCUCAGCCCAUGGAUUCAAAUCUUACAAGAAGUAUUUCAAUAAGCUCCAUGGACAAUUAUGUCUACAACAUGCUUAGGUUCGAGCUACAACCAAAAUGUUGGGAUUUCCUAUUGAAAUCGUUAUCUGGAUUGGAAGAUAAUGACGACAUUUCUGCAUUCAUGGUCAAAAUUCAAGAAUUUUUCGCAACAAAUGUCAAUCAGCGAGAUGUAAGAAGUGUCCUAGACUUCGUUGGAGUCGUCAUUUCAUCGCUUACUUUAAAUUUUCAAUUUUUGAAUGAAAAUUACAUCGUGAUACCAACCACAAUUCAACUCUUGGAAAUCUGCAGCACUCAACUUAUCAUCGAGUGGACAAGAUACUCUGCGCAAUUUGGCGUCAUGGAGAACUCGAGCACUGACAACCUGAAAAAUUUACACAAAAUUGUCUCCGAUAAGGGAACACAGUUAUUGAAGCGGAUUUACAAAUUCAAGCAAACCAUCAACUCAUCAUCGGAGUUGAUAAAUUUCUCUUUGCAACGAUUGGAAAAUAUUGUCCGUCUCACCAUUGAUGGAAAUGCGUAUGAGAAAAUGCAAUUUUUGAAGGGUCACAUUCUAAUAAAAGUCAAUAACUUUGGGCAACGGAUUUCUAAAGAGUUUUCAAAUUUGAAAAAGUUUAUGAAAAUCUUGCUAGAAUCGUGGACAAUUUUUAAAACAUCAGUCAGUAAUGAACACCAAGAACAGGAGGUGAUUUUACUUUCAAAAUUUCAUGAAAAAAUUUGGACAUUUAUUUCAACCUUUGAUUCACAUCUUACCCAAACUGAAGAUAAUUAUUACAUUGAGGAAAAAGUUGUUUCAAAAUUCCGAGCCUUAUUCGACGACCUUAUUCCUAACUUGGAACAUCAAAAUUCAUAUGGAAAUGAAGUUAAUAAGUUUUUUGGUACGUUAGAACUCAACAGAAGGCAUCCCACCAUGAAUGAUUUCCGGAAAUUCAAUCAUGUCCCAAACCAAUUAGACCAGCUACGUAUGGGAAUCCGAAUUAUUAUGAAUCAUUUUUCACUGCAAGAUGUUGUCACGUCGUUGCCAUGGGAACUGACAGAUUCUUGGAUUUCAGCAGAAAAUCCUACGCCAAAAUUGCUCUCAUCACUUUUUGCCAACAUGAAAAAUCAAAGUCCAAUUGAGACAGCCAGGAAGGAAGUCAUAAUUCUAAAUUUGAUAUCAAAAUUGGACCCUCGGGACGCCAGGAUUUUCGAAUUCUUUGAAUUUAUUCCAAAACUAGACUACAGGAAAACAGUUCUGGAUCGCUUAUUAAAUUGGAAACCAAUUACUGCAUUGACACUGGACGAUAUCAUAAAUCAAAUCUAUCUGAAAAAUUGUAACUUUUGGUGGGAUAUUUUCACUCAAAUCUAUUCCUCCUCGUUGAUCGCAGCAUACCAAAAUGGCAAAAUUUUGGAGGGGAUAGUUUCAAAAUUUCUGGAACAAACUGAACCAAAUGUUGACCUGUGUAACAUAAAAUCUUUCCCGGAAGACGAGUUUCUUAACUUGUUACAAUUUAUCCUGAAACGCUUAAUUCUGGAUCCACUCACUGACCAGAAUUUUGCAACAGUUUUUCCCAUUUUGUCCGCCAUAUUACAGUGCAAUCAUCAAGAUGAGAAAUUCAUCAAUCAACUAACUCUUGCGUUAAACACUACAUUUACCAAGGAAUGGGUCCAAGUUUUACUUCAAGUAGCCUAUGAUUCAUAUUUGAAACGUCAUGGACAACAAGAGGGCAAAUAUUUUAGCGAUAACUUAACCGAAUUAAUAAAAUGUUCCAAAGAAGAAAAUUCCUUACUUCUCAACAUUCUGGGACAAAAGGUUUUCGAAGAACUACAACUUGACGAGCGGAAUACUUUAGUCACCCCACCAAAGCAGUUUAAUCACAUAAUUAUUUCGUUAACUUCGUACAUCAAGGAAACAUCUCAAGAAAAUAUUUCUCUGCUUGGAGAGGACAUGAUAAAAACUCCAAUAACGCUUUGGCCCGAAGUCAUUCAGAAAUAUGUCACCAUGUCAAAAUGGAAAUGUGAUAAAGAAACAGCCAAGAUUAUAACUGACCUAAAAAAUAGUUAUGAUCCACAAUUCAUAGAAAAUCGUCUCCUGCCAUUGUUUUGCAAAGAAAGUUUGACUUCAGAUGAAUCUGAAGUGCUAAGAGACUUAUUGAGCCAGGACGGGUCAGAACUUAUCUUGUCCGAAGAAGGAGUUGGAAAAGCAACGGAAAAAAUUAACACAGAAUUGAAACUACGCGAUGGACAUCGCCUGCCUGACUCGAAAAGGAUGGAAAGUAUUCGAGAUGGUUUUAAAAAUGAAAAUUCUACCAGUGAAAUUGACGUGGAAACAGUGUUCAACAUGAUGGACAUCUCUGUAAAUAAUGCAGACAUCCGGGAAAAGUUACUAGACAAUCACAAGCUUCUCGAUAUGUAUAACCAAGUUACAGCUUUCCGGGAAACUUGUGAUUCUUGGAAUGAGCAACAAAUUAAGAACUGGAUUCGAGAAAAUGGAUUCACGUCAAAUGCGGAACCACUUCCAUCCAUCACGGCUAAACUAACCGAGUGCGUCGCCGUUUUGUAUCGCGGCGUCGAACUCGUCCUCACAUGUGGAUCUGCUCCCAACCACCCCAUGACCCUCCGCCCCACACAGGUCCUAGCAAUUCUAAUCUAUCUCGAACAAACCCUAAAUCGUGGGAGGAGCAUUAUCGGUGAAAUUCCCACCGGCGAAGGCAAAUCCGUGGUGGGCGCCGUAAUCGCAGUCAUCCUAAGUUUGGCUGGUCUUAACACCGAUGUCAUCACGAGCAGCGCGGUCCUGGCGAAGGAAACAUUGGAUCAAGUUGCCAAACUUUAUGAGCUUUUUGAAAUCCGGGCAGCUCAAAUUUGCAUGGGGGACGUUAGAAAUAAUACAGCUUUGAGGUCUGCGUGUUACCAACAUUGUCAAGUAAUUUACUCCGACUUGGCCACUUUGCAUAAAGACUUUCUCUCUUCGAAAGGGACAACGUCCAUUCUCUGUGGUCGCACUGCAGACCGCGUCAUUAUCGAUGAAGUCGACAGCCUUCUUUUGGACCGAGCCGAAAAUGUGACCUACCUCGGACACACCAUUCCCGACAUGAGAUACAUGAAUUCACUCUAUAUUCAAAUUUACUUGGCAGUUCAGCGGGUGCUGAAGAAGGAUGAAGAGUUUCUAACCCAGGAGGACAAAUCUGCAAAAGUUAGCUCCAUCAUUAAUGGGCAGUUGAGCCAAGGAAUAAUCCCGAUGCCCAAAUACAUGACCGAGUUCGUUCGAUUAGGUCUCCCCACCUGGAUUUCGUUAGCCUUUCAAUCCCUCAAACUUAUCCUCAACGACAAAUUCGUCUUCGCCAAGAGACCCCUUUACCGAGACAAGAUCACCGUGAUGGAUAACAGCGUUGGGGUGGAGCAGCCAGAUUUAACGUGGACUCAUUUACACCAAUUUUUACAACUUUGUCACGGUGAACGGCUGACCCAAACAAUGCUAAAGGCCGACUUUAUCUCAAAUUUGGGCUACUUUGCACAAUUUGAGAACCACUUAAUCGGAAUGACGGGAACUUUGGGGUCCCAUGCGGAGCGUAAUCUACUCCAGAUUUGUUACAAAUUGGAAUUUUUCUCAAUGCCGAGAUCUUACCGGAGGAAGAUUUCAAUUCAAACUCCAAUCCUCUGUGACACACGGGAUUCUCAACUUGACGAAAUCAUCGCCGAAAUUAAGAAAUGUUUAGAAAACGACGGGAGCAUUUUAGCCUUGUGUGACACUGUCCUUUUCACACUGGAAUUGGGCAGCCGAGUCCAAGCAGAGUUUGGUUGGGACGAAUCAAUCCGAAUUGUCCUGUACACGAGCUCCUAUCAAGAACAGCUUUAUCAAGAUGAGCUCAAAUGUGUCGAGAGGAGACGGAUAAUAAUCGCGAGCAACAUCGCUGCACGAGGGACGGACGUCGGUAUCAGUGGCCAACUUCGGGAGAUUGGUGGACUUUAUUUGAUCAUGACAAAUCUUCCCAUGAGCAAAAGGACCCGAGUGCAGGGGGAGGGCAGAGUAGCGCGUGGGAAAGACCCCGGGAGUUUGCGGUACAUUUUAUUGAAGGAGAGUGAAGAUUCUUCGCCAGACAUGGUGACCCAGUUCAUCCGACUUGUCGACCAGAAAAAUAUAGAGGACGCGACCCAUCUGAAUACUUUUAGACUUCACGUUCUGCAAAAGUUGCUAAAGGAGGAGAACCUUUACGAAAAAUAUGUCUCUUUCCGAACCCAAGUGAACGACGAAUUGAGCCAAAAGUACAAUCAGUUCCCAGAAUUUGUCGAUAUUCAACUCGAAUUCCUGAAAAAUAGGUGGGCAUUCUGGUUAGAAGAGAUGGACUACAAACCUAACCUUACAGAGAAGCAGGUAUUGGAACAGUUUUCAAAGUUCGAGACUGCAAUAUGUACUACAAUUCGUACCGCGAGUCUUAUGACGAUUGGACUAGCUCAGGGACCCUCCGAGCUGUUAAGACUUGCCAACUAUUAUCAAAACGUACGGAGUGAGGAAUCAUAUUCUCAAGCAAUGACCUGUUUUCAAAGAAUCAUAAACGAGGAUGGGCCAAUUGCAGAGAUGGCGCUCUACUACCAAGCAACAUUACUUCUUCAGCCGAAUCCCGACAAAUUGCUGACCCGUCGGGUGGCUCUCCAUUUAUUAAAACAGUCCAAGGCUCUGAUAUCCCAGCGUGUAAAGGACUCUUGGAAUCAGAUCAAGUCAAUGGAGCACGCGCAAUCCUUAGAGUCCCAAUCAGGCAGGGGGACUUACAGUAAAGAUGACAAUUUGAACAAGAUCAGACAAGAAAUGGAAGUUUGGUCGAGACUUGAACGAUCAGUGGAUUGCAUGAUCGGAUUCGAGGUAGACUGGGAAUAUUUGAAGAAUGCUACGAUAGCAGGUGCGCACCUGGAAAAUAACUCACUUAGUCCCGAAGACACCAAACGUCUUGAGCAAUCCGUCUCCCAAGUAUUUGAUAAAAUUAGACAAGAAUUCAGAUCAGACCAAAUCUGUCCAUUUAAACCUAUCCGACUUAACCAAAAAGUCUGCAUCGAUUCGGAAGAUUGCCUCGUUUUAAAGGGGUCACACAAAUCGCUUCAACUUGACGAAUGGCCAAUAUCCCUUUCAUAUUUACACACGGAUUUCACAAAGUCAUUUGCAAAAUACUUGAGAACCCCAUCACCAACAAAUUCCUGUUCCACUUUGUCAUCUCUGAACCUAACAGGUUUUUUCCACACGAAGGACACCUUAUGGAAUUUAAUGAAACUUACUAUUUUUGAAUCAGAACAAGCUGUGACCGUCCCAAUAAUUUCUAUAAAUUUGGAGUCUGUGCAGAAAUUUUCGACACUGCGGGAAAAUUUAUCGUCCCCCCGACAGAAAGAAAUUAUCCCCUCACUUCUCAAGUUUCUGACAGAAAAUAAUGGCAAAGUGUGUUCCAAUACUUUAUUUGAAAAAUGCCAGCAAUAUGGAUUCAGUAGAAGCGAAUUCGGAGAAAUUAUGCCAAUUCUUGGUCAAGUUGGUUACAUUGAAGAAAUUUCGACAAGAUGUGCCAUCCUCAAACCGACCGUUUUUUAUAAUUCCGAAUCAGACAGUUAUCUGGGGAUACCUACAAAAUUAGAAAAAUUCCGUAAAAUUUUAACCCCCUGGUUUUCUACCGACCUUCUCCUCUCCCAACUUGAUCUCGCAGAUACCGUACCUCUUGCAGAAAUGGAAUUGGAAAUUUUCCUACUUGAAAAAAAUAUCUUAAAACCGGAACGAUUUCAAAUUCCUCUCGGUGAUAAUACCGAAUUUCAGAAACGCCUAAAAAAAUGUAUUACCAGAAGCGUGCAAUUGAUCGGAUCAGAAUAUUUCCCUGGAAAGGAAAACUAUGCGAACACUUUGUUCCUCUCUAUCCUCAAAAGUUUUGGACUACUACGAACUAAAGGGAAACUAAGGCUCAAAAUGACCCCAACUAUAACCACGCUUUUCGAAGCGGAUUGGUACCGAUUUGCCCACACCUUGGUACAAUUCGACUCUUUCGGGGUGACCCAUGUAAUCAAGUGCAAUAUGACCGAUUCCUGGUGGCAAAAUCCAAGAUAUAUUCAAGCUGCUGUGCCAGCCAUCAAUUUAACGGCGAUGGGGAUCACCUUUGCUGUGAUAGGUGGCGGUGCUGCCAUGGGUGCAGGACUUCUCGGGUUUCUCGUAUCGGUUGCCGUUGCCAAAAUUAAUAAUGAGUUGGCACUUUUCUCGGAACAAUCAUACUGGCAUUCGGACACGUGGAAGGAUGAAGAGAGAUCCAAGUUCUACAAGAAUUUGCUCUUAGAGAAGAGCGUUUUCAUCUUGAUCGACUUUUGCUUCUCUGGAAAUUCCAAGUCUUCUCAAACUACCAAUUCAAAAAGAUCCCUUCCAUUCAAGGUAGUGUCAUCUCUUGCCCCAAUAAUGCCAGUGUUGUGGGAGGUCUUGGCAUUAACGGGGACAAUCAUUGAUAGCGAUUGGAUUCAAGAGAAAGUUGUGGGUCUAGCAGAGAAACUGAUUGUUUCGCGGUUUAUUAGUAAGCUAUUUGCCGGAUUGGAGUAUUCCGAGGUUUGUGAGGUGGUACGAUGUAACGUCAUCCUGACAGAGGUUGACGUUCAAGAGUGCUACGACCUGGCGAGAGAGGAUGUCCUGCAAAGUGCUGAGGUCAAGAGAACAAUUUCUGCUGCAAGACACGCGACGGAACGUGGAUUUCGAGAAGCUGUUGACAAUCUGAAGGCCGAGUUGCCUCGAUUUAUGUCCAAUUAUCUCACCUCAUUGAUAGAAGGAGAGAGUACCGGGCUGCUUGCUGAAAGUGCGCAUGGAUUUUUGGAAUCGAGGCUCAAAUACAAACUGGGAGCAGUGAUUGAACAAAUUGAUAAAGUUGGGAUAGCUAUUUUACGCAGAAUGAAGACCUUGUUGCACGAAAGGGCAAGCAGUAGAACUCCACUCGAUGAAAUUAUGGAUAGGAACGAUGGAGAAUUGGCGAGGUGGAGGACUUCAUUCAAAGAUAGUUUUGUGUCCUUCUUAAAAACUCCAAUCAUAGAAAUAUUACAGUCAACGACAGACUCAUCAAUUUUGGAGGAUAAUUCUUCCACAAAAAAUUUUAGAUUGUCCCAACAAGAGCUGACGCGGAAUAUUUAUGCAGAACUGCAAAAACUGAAUAUGGGUCAAGAAAAUGAAUUGGACGAGGACAAUAAUUUAAAUGAAAGCGAAGAAAUUAUGACCAGUGAUGCUUGAUUCAUUGAAAGGAAAGAUGUGAUUUGAGAAUUUAUUAUUAUGUACACAAGUGUGUUAGUGCCAUUUAAAAACUAUAAUUGCAUUUGCUUAUACUAUACUACGUCAACUUUAUUAUAUACGCUUAAAUCUUAAUACACAUAUUGAAUCAUUUAUUACCUCCUAAAUACGUAUAAAUAAAUAAUUUUCUAAUAAUAUUCAUCUUUAUACUUCUAACCAAAUAUGCAAAACAACCCCCUUUUUCAAUUCUAAUCUGUGAAUGACUGAUUUGUUUAUAUUGUGUUGUUAUUUCAAAUUUUUAUGUUUAUGCUUGAUGAAGCUGACUGGGUAAUUGAAGGCUAUCAAUUUUCAAAUAAAUCACUUAUAUUGUCCCCGAAUACCGCAGACUGACUAUAAAUAUUAAUAAAUAAAUCCAUUUAUUUAGCACAAAAGCACUAGAAAAAGUGUAGGACAUAUGUAUGUACACAUGUAUAUGAAAGAAUAACAGAAUUAUGCAAUUCGUU